GUUAUACUUUCUUGAACAAUUCCCGUCCUUGCACAUUUUUCUUCCAGCUUAUUUUACAUUACACCUUACAAUGCAAACAUCGUUUUUGGACUCAUUUCCUUAGCGUCCCUUCCCAGGCGCUGCACUGUCCAUCAAUGAGUCGAGUAUGCUGUCGCUCGUAGUGGUGUCGCACUGUGCUACUAAGGAGAACACUAGCGAAGCGCUGAUACAGCCUGUUCUCUUAAAUUCUUGUUUUUUUUACAGAUAUCUUCUCGCCUCAAUUUGCCUUUGCCCUGGUUUUUAGGCAGGUUAACCCUUUCCGAGGGCCUUGUUAUCCGCUUUUGCGACCUCCUGAGAACGGUUUUAUUUCCCGUGAACAUCUCUGGGACAGAGAAGACAGCUUCGGGUGGUUCCGGGUUUGCGUACCGCCCAUCACGCACGCCAGACUACAACUCCCAGGUCCCCCUGCGCGGCGGGCGCGACCGCGGGCUCCAGCACUGGUUGGGACACUUGGUGUAGGACGUAAUGGCUGUGUGGGGUGAGCGACUGGCCGGCGUGCGCGGGGUGCUGCUUGACAUCUCUGGAGUGCUGUUCGACGGCUGCACAGGCGGUGGCGUGCCCAUCCCCGGUUCCGUGGAGGCAGUGGCGAGACUGAAGCAGUCCCACCUGAAGGUGAGAUUCUGUACCAACGAGUCACAGAAGUCCCGGGGAAAGCUGGUGGGGUUGCUUCAGCGGCUGGGAUUUGACAUCUCUGAGGGGGAAGUGACUUCCCCAGCACCAGCUGCGUGCCAGAUCCUAAAGGAGCAAGGUCUGCGGCCACACCUGCUUGUCCAUGAUGAAAUCCUCUCAGAAUUUGAUAAAAUUGACACAUCCAACCCAAACUGUGUCCUGAUUGCAGAUGCUGGUGAUGCCUUUUCCUAUAAAAACAUGAAUAAAGCCUUUCAGUUGCUCAUGGAACUGGAAAAUCCUGUGCUCAUAUCACUAGGAAAAGGACGCUACUACAAGGAGACCUCGGGCCUGAUGCUGGAUGUUGGAGCCUACAUGAAAGCACUUGAGUACGCCUGUGGUAUCGAAGCCAAAGUGGUGGGGAAGCCUUCCCCAGAGUUCUUCAAGAACGCCCUGCAAGUGUUGGGUGUGGAAGCCCACCAGGGUCCUGAGCGCAUUUUGGUAUGCGAAGCCCACAAGCUGGCCCAGACGUCGCUGCGCCAACACAGCUGCACAGCCCCGGCUCCUCAUGUCCUCGCCCUGGAUCCCUGCCACCAUCGUUGCAGAGAAGCUCCCUGCAGCUUUGCCUUGAUGCAAGCAUUGGUUUUCAGGCUGAAUCACAGUGCUGUUCCCUGGGUAACAGCUCUUCCUCCCAGGGACCAGUUUUUUCUGGAGCCAUCUUCCUGGGCCACAUCGACAAAUGCCCACCUUGGGAUGUCCUGAGUUUCCUUCUGGAAGAGGAGAAUUCAGCAGUAUAGAUACGCACAUACACAUUUUAUUUUUGUCAGAGCACGGAAAGUGUUAGACAUGACAUGUAAUAUGUGAAAGGCUCGUACCAUUUCCAAGGAACCCACUAGCACAGUGGUCCCAAGCUCUGGCAGUGGAGAACACAGUCCUGAAUUGGAGCAUCUUGGAUGUUCACAGGCUGACCUGAUGAUUUCAGGAAAAGUCCUUCAAAAGGGUGACUUAGAGAACACCUGAGGCUGGACCACAAGUUGCCCACCAGUCUCAAUUUCAGGAGAGCUCAAGAAUCACAUGUGAGUGGGACCCUUCAGUACUGUCCCACUUCAGGGAACAGGUGCUGCUGGCCAGUUCUUCCUUGGUGACUUGAAAUUUCCAAAUAGCUGUGCUGGGCCAGGGAUUUAGCUCAGUGGUUCCACCGCCUGCUUUGCAAGUGCAAG